GAUGAUCAUCUCCAAUCUCUCUUUCCAAAUCUCUCAAAAAUUCAUGUCAAAUGGUGCGACAAAUUAAAGUGUGUCCUUCCUAUCACCAUGGCCAGAGGUCUUCAACAAUUGAAAGUGGUAACUGUGGCAUGGGCGAAACAACUGGCAGAAGUAUUUGGACAUACUGAUAGAGUUGAUGUCAUAACUGACAAUGAAAUCCAGCUACCCCAACUUGAUGAGUUGUUAGUUCAAGAUUUACCAAAUCUUGCUAACUUCUGCCCCAUCGGAUAUCACUUCAUAUUUCCAUCUUUGAAUACAUUGAUAGUUGAGAGAUGUCCCGAGAUGAAUACAGCAUUUUCCUUAAAUCAACAAGAUAAAUUUGUGCACGCGGAAGCCAAGGCACCAAAAAUAAGCAUGAAAAAUGAAGGAGAAGAGUUCAAUCUAGAGCCACCGAUUGAGAUCGUGUGCUGGAAAUCUGAUCAGUUCCCAAAAGUAUUACCGCUACGUGAUGAGCAAGCUGUCACCCAGCAAAAUGAUAUUGACAACUGACAAGCAAACCUGAAACAAACUCAUGACUGUUAACCAGAAUUAAAUCAGAAGAUGAAAGGUGUUUACGUCAAUUUGAACUUUCAGAUGUGUUUUACACUAACUCUAAUUGACCUCUGCUAGCAAGUAUACAAUGAAAGGUGAACCUGAAGAUCGCUUGGCUCUUAGAUCUAGCACAUUCCCAUGUGUAUUCAUUGAAUUUGAACAAUGCAGCAGAUACUGAUGAAAUUCUCCU